AUGCUGGUGCCAAAGGCCGUCAGUGGAGCCAAAGGCGACACUGGUGCUAUAGAGAAUACUGGUGCUGAAGACAUUGGUGCUGAAGAUACUGGUGCUAUAGAGAAUGCUGGUGCUAUAGAGAAUACUGAGAAUGCUGGUGCUGAAGACAUUGGUGCUGAAGAUACUGGUGCUGAAGAUACUGGUGCUGUAGAGAAUGCUGGUGCUAUAGAGAAUACUGAGAAUACUGGUGCUGAAGACACUGGUGCUGUAGAGAAUGCUGGUGCUAUAGAGAAUACUGGUGCUGAAGACACUGGUGCUCUAGAGAAUGCUGGUGCUAUAGAGAAUACUGGUGCUAUAGAGAAUGCUGCUGCUGAAGGCCUCCAUGGAGCCAAAGGCGACACUGGUGCUCUAGAGAAUGCUGGUGCUGAAGACAUUGGUGCUGAAGAUACUGGUGCUGAAGAUACUGGUGCUGUAGAGAAUGCUGGUGCUAUAGAGAAUGCUGGUGCAAUAGAGAAUGCUGGUGCUGUAGAGAAUGCUGGUGCUGAGGACAUUGGUGCUGUAGAGAAUGCUGAUGCUGAGGACAUUGGUGCUGUAGAGAAUGUUGGUGCUGAGGACAUUGGUGCUGUAGAGAAUGUUGGUGCCAUAGAGAAUACUGGUGCUGAAGACAUUGGUGCUGGAAAAGACAUUGGUACUGUAAAGAACGCUGAAGCUGAAGAGAAUGUUUACGCUGGUGCCGAUGCUGAAGAAGCUGAACCAUCACCUUUAGUUUUCUCUAGUGGUCCCUUCUGUAUAAUCUGGGGUAAAGCACCAGAGCCUUUGGCUCCUUUGGUAAAUGAGGGAAAGCACCAGAGUCACACCAGAGCCUUUGGCUCCUCUGAGCCUUCGGCUCCUUUGGUAAAAGAGGUAAAGCACCAGAGUCACACCAGAGCCUUUGGCUCCUUUGGUAAAAGAGGUAAAGCACUAGAGCCUUCGGCUCCUUUGGUAGAUAAGGCAAAGCACCAGAGUUGUACCAGAGGCUUUGGCUCCUUUGGACACUAUCUCGCUCCACUCGAUAGUGUCGAUAGUGUUGAUAGUGUCGAUAGUGUCAAUAAUGUCGAUAGUGUCGACUUUUUUCAUCUCAUCACUGUGCGUAAAUAUCAAUCAAUCUUUUCCACUCAUUUUCAAUUUCAUUCUCAUUCUCUUUUCCAUACUCGAGCAAUGUCCAAGGUAAGUCACGAUGUACCUGUAUUGAUAAGUCAGUAUAUUGCCGCUUUAGGGAACGAUGAUGAAGCAUGUCAGACGUAUAUUCAAGAACUUGUUGGCUUGUUCACCAUAGGUGAAUUAUCGCUACUACAGCUUAUUCAAAAAUUAGGAUUGAGUUUAACUUCGGAUCAUGAUUUGAUAAGAAGCAAAAGCAUGCAACUUCUAGCUAGCAUUUUGAGAGAGUUGCCCUCAAACCAUCUAUCCAAGCAGGAUAUUGGAGUCAUGGUUGACUUUUUGAUGAACAAAUUUGACGAUAAGUUGAGUUUGAUCCAUGCGUUAAAUGGGUUGGGUACAUUGGUGAGAAAUAAAAACUAUAUUGCCAGCUUGAAUACAGACAAGAUAUUGACAAAGCUAUUGAAUGCAUAUGACCCGAAAAAGAACCUUGCCAAAGUACGAUACGAAGCGUUUCAGAUUUUGGCUGGCUUAAUGGAGAAUUGCCUCACGUAUUUAAAGACGGGCCCUGAACAGGUGAAUAAUUUGUUUGUCAAGGCAUUCAUACACAUUGCAUCUGGAGAAAAAGAUCCUAGAAACCUUGUUGCUUCGUUUAAGUUGAACUUGGAUAUAAAUGAGAAUUUCGAGUUUAGCAAGGUAAACAAGUUACAUCAAGACUUUGUUACUGAUCUUUUUGAUGUUUGUUUCUGUUACUUUCCUAUUUCAUUCACGCCUCCUGCAAAUGACCCAUAUAAGAUUACCGCUAGUGAAUUGAAGGGGAAAUUGAGACAAACUAUUGCUUCCCAAUCGCAAUUUGCACUGGAGGCUAUACCUAAUCUUGUUGAGAAAUUGGCAUCUACAAAUCCCAUAAUCCGAAAUGAUACACUUGAAACAAUUAAAUUGUGCAUUGAAAAGUACGAUAAUGAAACGAUGGAUGAACAGUGGCUUGGGUUAUGGAAUGCUUUGAAAUUUGAAAUUCUACACAAUGACGUUGCCAUGUUUAAGCCUGAUGCAAAAGCAAGAGCAAUAAUACCACUCGACUAUGAAGAUAUCGAUGAUAAUGAUGAUCUGAAAGUUGUAUUUCUGGCGUUGGAUAUACUACAGAAAUUGCUACAAAAGAUACCGAAUUUUGAUGAUAUGUUGAAAGUGGUAGUGAAUGAGUUAGCUCCAAACUUGACAAGUAAUAAAGCUAAGCAGUCUGUGAUUAUACUAUCCACAUUGGCAGGUGCCUCUGCUGAAAGCUUCAACUAUAUAGUUGAUUUUCUUUUCCAAAAUAGAAUCUGGGGAAAAUAUUUCAACAUGGAGGAAUUUGAUGGUGAUGGUGAUAAUGAUUAUGGUCUUGAUGAUGAUGAUGAUGACGAUAACAACAAUGACAACAACAAUAAUAAUAAUGAUAAUAAUAGAGAAAAAGACGUGGCGUUGGAUAUCAGUCACCAACGUGACUUGGUUGAUAAUUUGGGCUACAUAUUAACUGCAUAUGUACCGAACAAGACAAUUUUACCAAAAUACAAAGAUUACAUUCUCGUAUUUUUGAGCCAGUUGCUUACAACCUCGUCUAACUUGGAAAGGACUUUGAGGAUUAAAGUUAUCCAGCAAUCCAUUAAAUUGAUAUCUUUGCCUCAGUUUUUAUCGGUCUCUAACAUUGAAUUGAUUUUGAAUAAUUUUAGAUGCUUGAUUUUUAGUAGUAUAGAUGAAGGCAAUUCGAAAGAUGCGGUUUUACUGGAAUUAAUCAGAGAUUUAUCGCUAGUUACGCAAGAUGAACCGCUGAUUACCCCCUUGGUUAUUGAUGGGAUAAUCAACCCCUUGUUGAACCUUUUGAAUGAGGAGGGUGAAGGCGAAGGCGAAAGUGAAGGCGAAGGUGAAGACGAAGACGAAGACGUGCAAGAGUAUAAGCUGAUUCUGAUUCUAAAAAUUACUCAAGACCUUUGCGUCAAUAAUCAGAUAUUAGAGGUAUUGUCUAUUAGGUUAAUGAGCAAAAAGUAUACCAGUGAGAAAAAGUUUCAACUUAUUGUUGAGACAUUCACUUCACUAAUUGGCAAGAUUGAAACACUUCAACAGUUUUUAACAAACUCAUGGUAUAAAAACUUUAUUCCCAAAUUUAUGAGCAUCGUUAUGAACCUUGUUGCUGAUGAUAGUGAGAACUAUACGUUGAUUGAACUGGUGGGUGAUUUACUAAGAAUAAUUAUUAGAUUCAUUGACGUAUCUAAGCAUCAAGCGAUUUUGAAUGAAAUCGUUGAAAUAUUUGCUACCGAUUCGAAAUCUACUUCAGGGCUUUUCCAAUACAAUGGUAACUUAUUGGAAGCUGCAUCUGUUUACAUUAGCAUAUAUAACAAGGUUUUGUCGGCUCUAGAUAAAUCAUGCAAGAUGGAUACAAAUACAAGCGCUUGUUUGGCAAAAGUUGAAAAGUUGGUAAAAACUAUACAGAAUGAUUACUUGAGAAUACAUUAUUUGCAACAUGUUUGCUUAUUAGUUAACAAGUACGUUGUUGACAAAAGUGACUUGAAUAUGGAUAUAAACUUUGAUGAUUUGCGUCAGUUUGAAAUCUACAUUUGGACCUUGAGAGGGUUACUUUGUAAGAUUGACAAACUAGGAAUCGAUAGUUUGAAGAAUUUGCUUGAUAUAUUUGCCAAUGAAAAUACAAAGAUUGAGGAUAAGCAAUUGAUUCUGAAAUCGUUACCAAUCUUAUUUGUUGAUAUAAGUAUAUUCACAAAUCCUCAAUUACCAAAAAAGAUCAUUUCAAAAGUUGCCAACCUUGAAGUGAAGCUACUAUACAAACAGCAUAUUUUUGAGAUUAUUCUACCAUUCCUAUUACCAGACAAUGCCCAAAUUGAAGAUCAACUGGAUUUUGAUUUGAAAUUCUAUGCGCUAUCGAUGAUUAUUGAAAACAUCCCCACCAACAUAUUAGUACCACAUUUGUCCAGUUUCAUUCCGUUCGUAAUGAGGGCGUUGCAAUUCUCUUUCAAAGCCCCCGCCUCCACAAUAAUGUACAAAUCCUCAUUGCACAUUUUGCAAAUCUUACUUGAACAAGAGAAUGAUGAAACAAAAAAUAUUUUACAAACAAGACUGAGUGAAUUAAUUCCGAUAUUAGUUAAAUUGGCAACAACGAGAAUAUACCAAGCAAGUGGGGGUAUUUUGAUCAAUGAUGAAUCCAUUCGAAAAUUGAGCUUGAUUGAUUUGAAUUUGAUGUUUCAAAAAUUUGAAUGCCAACGAUUUCAAAAACAAGUAUUGAAAAGUUUGCAAAUUUGUUUGGAUGAUGAAAAACGAUCAAUUAGGAAAUUAGCUGUUGAUUUGAGACAGACUUUGUAUGAAAUGAUAUAA